GGCGUGAAACUGAAAGCUGCAAUUUUACUAUACAUUCCAGUUUGUUUGCAAACAUUAUGGAACAUUCAAAAACUUGGCAUAUUUCAAUGCAUGUACAAUCAGCACAUUAACUAAGAAGGAGAAAAUGAAACAUUGUACUUCAUGCCAUUAAAAAUUUGUUGCAAUUCGAUUCGUUGUUGUCUUUGUCCACCGUCUGGUUAUACACACUAAUAAGAUUUGUGUAAUUGCCAAUGGUUGACAAAGGAUGUGUACUAGUAACCGGUGGUUCUGGUUUCAUAGGAAGUCAUACAAUUGUGGAACUUCUUAAUGUUGGUUAUAAAGUUAUCGCGUUGGAUAGUUUAUGUAACUCAAAUCUAAAAUGUAUAGAACGUAUUGAAAAAAUCGUUGGAAAACAUCUUCCAUUUUAUAAAGUAGACCUUUUGGAUGAACGGGCUGUGAACGAUGUCUUCGAAAAACAUAAAAUUGACUUCGUAAUCCACUUUGCUGCUUUGAAAUCUGUAUCAGAAUCAACAGAACAGCCUUUACGGUACUAUGAAAAUAAUUUAGUGGGCAUACUGAAUUUGUUGAAGAUAAUGAAAGCACACCAUGUUAAAAAUAUCGUAUUCUCUAGUUCAGCUACUGUCUACGGUGAACCACAGUUCCUACCACUUACUGAGAAACAUCCUAUAGGAGAUUGUCAAAAUCCGUAUGGAGGUACGAAAUUUUGUUCUGAGCUUAUCUUAAAGGAUUUAUAUGCAUCCGAUCAUUCAUGGAAUAUUAUAAGUUUACGUUAUUUUAAUCCAGUUGGCGCACAUCCGAGUGGAUUAAUUGGUGAAGACCCCAAUGGCAUUCCAAAUAAUCUAAUGCCUUAUGUUACCCAGGUGGCUAGUGGUUUAAGACCUACAGUUAAUGUCUAUGGAAAUGAUUAUCCAACAACUGAUGGAACAGGUGUUCGAGACUAUAUUCACGUUGUAGAUUUGGCUAUCGCGCAUACUAUGUCACUAGACAAAAUUAAAGAGAAUUGUGGUCUAAAGGUUUGUAUUGCUGAUUAAAUUGUGAAUAUAUUGAUAUCAAUGUGUCAAUGUAGAUGAUGGAAGUAACUUGUGGAGAUUGGAUUAAAUUAGUAGCAACAUUUAAUUUGGAAUUCAACGUGUGGGAUCCACUAGAGUCUGUGUGUCAUAUGUAUGCCCACUGAUUAGGUCAAGCUCUUGAACUCUAGUCCCGUCCCACGUAAUUCAGUAGGAAUAAAUCUGCACACAAUAAGUGUGUGACUCAUAGCCUAGUGCAUAAAACUUUGUACCAGUUCGGGUUCUUAUAUUAUUUUGUCAUGCAUUAGGAGGUUCUGAAUACAAUCUUGAUAUUGCGUAAACAUAUAGCACAAUUCUGCGUUUUAUGCUCUAAGUCAACUAAGUGUAUGAAUGCUUCAGAUUCGGAUGAUGAUUGUGAUGGGACAAGAAUUUCAGUAGGUAGAUGAACAAUAAGAUUCAUUUAGACAUUAUGGAAUCGCGUAAAGAAGUAUUUAUUGUCAAUUAUCACCUAGCUGUUAUGAUUGUCUACUCUGUGUCACCAAGUUAGAUUCGAUACUCACGGACUAUUCUACAGGAAUAUUUGACAUCUUGAAGCAGUGGCGAUAUAAUAUACUGAUUUGGUGGGGAUAGCUAAUAUAGGUAUUAAUGAUACCGAUACCCACCUUUCAUUAUUGUUGUUCUUACUGAAACUUGGACUUAGCAUUAUCUUUUAAGUUAUUGAUUUUCAAUCGAAAACCGUAUUUGGGGUUUAAUGAGAAAACAUUCAUCUCAAAAUUGUUGUAGGUAAUGUCUAUCGAUAAAAAUAUUCUGUACUUUUGUGUAUGUAGUAGAGCGCGAAUAAUUCAUUCUACUAUCGAAUAUUACUACUUUUAUUUUAUCUGUUAUACCAUUCAAUUAGUCAUAUAACUUGGGAACAGGUGAAGGACAUUCUGUACUGGAAAUGAUUCAUGCUAUGGAGAAAGCUUGUGGCAAAACAAUCCCUUAUACAUUUUGUCCAAGACGACCUGGUGAUUGUGCAACAGUUUAUUCUGAUGCAUCUUUAGCUCUACAAGAGUUAGGAUGGAAAUCAAAAUAUGGAAUUGAUGUAAGUAAAACUAAAUUAAGUACAGUUUAUUUUUUCCAUAUUCAUUUUGUUGCACUUAUGAAAAUAAUGUGAAGAAUACCGUGGACUUAUAUUUCAUGCUUAUUAACACAUUUUCACCAGGAUCUUGAAUUUUGAUGAAGUAGAUGUUUUAGUGUUAGAUGGUGGAGGCCAUUCAGCAGGAAGCCCUGGAGCUUGGUUUCAUUCCUGUUGGGACUUAUCAGUAAGGCGUGUCCGCAACCAUUAUGAGAUUGGUGUUACUUCAAUGAUUCAGUCCUGCAUCAAGGGCUUAGUGACUGAGUUAUUAAAGCCACUUCUGACCUAUUGUAUGAUUGAAUUUUGUACACGAAUUGGUCACACCGAUGGACAACCGAUGCAGCUGUCUAGUCCUUAGUGCUUAGCACUGACCCCAAUAUAUUUAUCAAGUUGCCUUGCAAUAUGACCAAUAAAUGAAGUGAUGCGAGACGGUGGUGUGGGUUAUUUUGGUAUUCUCCCAGAGAUCACAGCUCACCUCAAUCACAGACACUACGAAGUAGCUGUUUGGGUAACAACUGACCUUGUUGAGGAUUGGAUUAGCAACAUUUAUAGAUUUUUUUAAACUGAGUAAUAUCAUACUCUACAGUCUUCAGUUCUGACUGAAUUUCAUUGGUGAUAUACAUCAAGAUACCACUCUAACCUAGUUACCACAAUGUAAAAUUGGUUGAUUGAUUUCGGUCACAUAUGUAAUGAUACUGUUUGUGCUUUAUCGACCACUUGGUGUUAUUUUUUUCCUUUCACUAUUCUUCUUACCCUUUAAAAGGUGACUCAUGAGAUUAAUACAUUUAAAAGGCUUCAUCUCACUAAAAUUGUGUUCAUUUAUGGGUCUUAGUUCAUAUUUUUGUACUCGACUUCUAAUGAACAUGGUAAUUUGAUAUAAAUUAUUUAUGAGCGUGUAAAAUGCAUUUAUUGACCCCUUUAUCAAAUGAUAUAUUGUUUUUGCCUAUUACCAUUCAUAAUUAUAUAUCACUCAUUUGAUAGUUCUAAAAGAGAAAAGUAUUCACCCGAGGGGAUUAUUGUAUACAACCCUUCAUCGUAUCGUCUUCCAUCAGUAUCUUCAUCUUUAAGCCGUAAAUUCACAUUGAAACCACUAUUGUAGCAUUUAUUUAACUUCUGUUAGAUACUUGGACAUUACUUCAGAGGUUUGAAUGACACAAGGUGAAAAGUUCCAAGCAGCUUUUCUUUAUCUUCAUAGAGACUGCCAACCACCGAGUUUGAUACAAGUAACCGGCUAAAUAAGUGAGAUAGUUGAUAGAUUUGAUUGCUCAACCUUUUAUGUUCAAACAAAGCCAAAGUACAAAUUAACUCAACAGAAUUUCCUGUUAUGAAAUAAAAAUGGACUAAUGAAGAUGAUACUUUGAGUUAAAUGCGAAUAAAAGCUGUGCCUUAUCAUCAGCUAUGUGAAUGUAAAUAAAAGGCCUAAUAUAUGUGUGCAUAGACUUCCCUUUUCUGAAAUUAUCGCAAGUAUGUAUUUGUCGCUGUUGCAAACUGAAGUGUUCUCUCUCUCUUUCUCUCCUAUUUUAUCGGUUUCUUCGUUCUAUGCAAUCUCUUCAUACUUGAGUCUGUCCUUAAUGCUGAGGUACAGAGUUGUAGCUCAUCGAUUUAGAGAGAUAAUUUUCAACCAGUUGGUCAUGGGUCGAAUCCCGCUCCACCUAAGGAGAUUUGGUCAGCAAGGCGUUUCACACCUGUGCACAGGGUAGCUAACUAUAUUUUGAUCAACAGUUCAGUCAUAGCUGGUCACUGAUAUUUGUUCACAAAUAAUAUGCUUUGAUGUAUGGAGAUUCCAGUAUCCGUAAUUUUGUAGUCAGUUUAAUAAGCUAGUUUUUAUGAUUACAUACAUUUCAUUAGUUUCAUUUGAAUUCACUUCAAUGGUUCACUCUAAGCAUUAAUAAUAAUAUUUUACUAUCUCAGAACAACAUAUAAUUUUUACACAAUCACAUCGUUUUCUCCUUUAAAAAUUAUGAACAACUUGGCUCAGGUAUGUAUUCUCUCUUUUCAUCUUCAACUUAGAAAAUGUGUGAAGAUCUAUGGAAUUGGCAAGUGAAAAAUCCACAAGGUUAUCUAACUGUUCUGCAGUCUGGUGAUAAAUAAAUAAUUGAUAAUUUCUCAGGCUUUCUUGAAUUAUCUCUUCAUUAUUUCCUUUUUCUUUCUUUGAUGUAUUAUUUUUUAAUUUUAUUUUGUUUUUUCACGAAAGUGAACUGUGUUUUUCCUAAGAUCAUUUGUUUGUAUCAGGUUUUGUCUCUCUUCUUUUCUAAUGUUGAUUUUACUUAAUAUGUGAUGUUUAGAAUAAACUGCUUUUGAUGCUU